AUGAGUUCAGUUUUAAUAACAGGAGCCACUGGACUUCUUGGAAGAAAGGUUGUGCAGGCUUUUGAGCGGUCUGGAUGGAACGCUAUAGGUGCCGGAUAUAACAGAGCUAAAGCACCCAACAUUAUCAAGCUUGAUCUAUGCUCUGAGGUUUCUGUCCUACAAGCACUGUUAUCUAUCAGGCCGAAGGUUGUAGUGCAUUGCGCCGCGUAUCGUUUUCCCGAAAAAUGCGACGGGGAUCACGAAGGUACCCAAUUGCUCAACGUCACAGCUACUGAUAACCUUGCCUCCAUUUGUGCAGCACGAAAUAUUUUUCUGAUUUACAUUUCUACGGAUUACGUUUUCUCAGGCAUCCAGGGUGAGGCACCCUACGACGCUGAUAGCACACGCAAGCCAACCAAUUUUUAUGGAGAGACAAAAAGCAAAGGUGAAGAUUCGGUGUUAAGAGCGUAUCAAAGAGCCGACGGAACCGGAUGGGGAAUUGUCCUCAGGGUUCCUGUACUAUAUGGUGAGGUUGAGUACAAUAAGGAGAGUGCAGUGAAUGUUUUAGUGGACAGCAUAUGGAAGGCUCAAGAGGAUGGUGUGAUUAUCCCCAUGGAUCAUUGGGCCAUCAGGUACCCAACUAAUACUGAAGACGUCGCUAGAGUCGUAGAAGAAAUUGCUAUGAAGAUUAUUUCCACUCCAAAUAAAUCCAAACUCCCGACUAAGGUCCAGUUUACUUCUGAGGAUCACUUUACAAAGUAUGAGAUCUGCCAACUUCUGGCCAGGAUCUUAGAUCUUCCCAUCAACAACCUCAAGGCUGAUUUCCCGGAUCGUGAUACAUGUGGGGGAAUACAGCGGCCUUAUGACUGUCACUUAUCUACGAAAGGUCUACUAGACCUUGGUGUUGACGUAUCAACGGUUGAUUUUGAAGAAUGGUGGAGGUGUCAUCUCAGUGCCUUAAAAAGGUAA